AUGGCCAGCAAAGAAGAAGAGAAGGUUACGGUUGGCCCCGUGGGAGGUCAAGAGACAACCGCGCCCGAACAUCCCGAAGCUGAGAAUGGCCCUUCAGACACGGUCAACGACUCCCAAGAUGCAGUGAACGAGAGUGCGGGAGGGCUCAAGAGACGGUUGACGAAUGGCAGCACAAAUCAUUAUGACAGAGAAAUGGCGAUUCUGAAAGAGGAACUUGUGCAAGAGAAGGAGCUACGCCUCGCGUACGAAGAAAAGGUCACGAGCCUCGAAGAGGAGAUUGAGGAAUUGAACACACAAUUGCAAGAAAGAGACGAGUACUGGCGAGCGGAGUAUGAGCACCAACACGAGCAAGAGCGUACGGAUGUGCAGCGACAGCUGAACACCGUGACCGAGGAAGCAAGGAGUCACAGGCAGGAAGCGGCGAAUCUGCAACGACAGCUGUCGGAGUUGAAGAAGAGCGUAUCCGCCUCCACACGACCGAGCACGCAUGUCAGCGACACGACGUUUCGCGAAGAGUUUGGCUUGCUCCAGCAUGAGAUUCAGAACUGGGUUGUCCAGAAUUUUCGUCGGGUGAAGAUUGAAGUCUCCUCGGAAGAACUGUGCAGUAGGCUGGAGAAGGCGACGGAUGAGAAGCUGUUUCAGCGAUUGCAGCCUCUGUACAAAGACUUCGAUGCGUCUGUCAAAUUGCCGACACUGCAAGCAACGGUGACAUGCUUUCUGAUGGAGGUCUUCGACGAGCCUUACCUCUUUGGCUUGCACGGACAAGUGGAGUGGGCGGAUCGAUCAAAACAAGCGGCUGAAGCUCUCUUAUCUGUGCUACACCCCGCGGCGUACAACAGAUGCCGGGCAGUAACGUUUGAUGCACUGCGACAAUCUGAAAGCGUGAAGGGACUUGCGGAGAAGUCGUCGCAGGAGAUUGCAGAGAGAGUCAACACAUGCUUGGUGACGUUGACUGAAGUCGAGGAGAGCGAAACAAGAUCGGCGUCGUUGAAAUCGAUUAUGAAACGUGCUAUCGACCUAGCUCACCUGAUUCGAGUUCAGCAAGCGAAGUACGAAGUCGUGAUGCCAUCUCCUGGAGCACGGUUCGAUUCGUCGUCCAUGGACGACGUGUUCGAAGAGAGCGAAGCGGACGAGGACCGAAAGAUCCGUUUUGCCACCUUCCCGGCGCUGGUCAAGAUCACCGACCAAGAGGGUAUCUCGAUGGACUCCACGAGUAUCGUCGUCAAGGCCAAGGUCGCGUGCGUCAAUGGGGAUACCUGA